AGAAACAUGGAGUCCGGCUGACGCAGAAUUUAUUCAGUCACAAAAAGCAAGAGAACUGGUGAAAAACACAAUUUUCCAACAAGGAAACGACGUUGAACGGAAGGUGUCGGUUACGUCAGGCGUCGCCGUGCCCCUCCUCUCUCCUCCGCUGUCCGGCAGGUCGAGUCGGUUCGUCGGUACCGGAGUCUCUGCAGCAACAUGUCGGGAGACACGGGGCCUGGGUGGUUGUCUGAGGAGGUGAAAACCGGAACAACCAUCAUCGCCAUAGAGUUCGAUGGAGGAGUCGUGCUGGGGUCUGACUCCCGAGUGUCUGCGGGAGACUCAGUGGUGAACAGGGUGAUGAACAAACUGUCUCCCCUCCAUGACAAGAUCUACUGUGCUCUGUCAGGAUCUGCAGCAGACGCUCAGACCAUUGCAGAGAUGGUCAACUACCAGCUGGAUGUCCACAGUAUUGAGAUAGGUGACGAGCCCCAGGUGCGCUCGGCUGCCACUCUGGUGCGGAACGUCUCGUACAAGUACAAGGAGGAGCUGUCAGCACAUCUGAUCGUGGCCGGCUGGGACAGACAAGAUGGAGGACAGGUGUUUGCCACCCUCAACGGUCUCCUGACAAGGCAGCCAUUUGCAAUUGGAGGCUCUGGCAGCUCUUACGUGUACGGGUAUGUUGAUGCAGAGUAUCGCCGGGGAAUGAAGAGAGAGGAGUGCCAGCAGUUUGUUGUCAACACUCUCGCUUUGGCAAUGAACCGUGACGGCUCCAGUGGCGGCGUGGCCUUCAUUGUCACCAUCGAUGAACAAGGCACGGAGGAGAAAGUCAUUCUAGGAAAUGACUUGCCCACCUUCUUCGAUCAGUGAUCCACAAAUUGAGUUAUAUAGACCUGAAAAUAUGUGGUCACUGGUCCCAGCUGAAAUCUGAUGGGCCCCUGUACUGUCAGUCGUCUAUUUUCAAAUAUAAACUAGUCACUUACUUCAAAUUAAUUUGACAAUUUGUUCAGAGUUUGUGUAUACCUUUUAUUUUGAAGUACACAAUGUACUUGAUUAAGGAAUGAUUUCCCAAAUACAGUAUAUUCAUUGAUGUGAGUCUUUGCUCAAAGUGAUCGAGCUGAUAGUAACAAGUAGUUAUUUAAAUGUUCACCUACUGAAUCAACUGUGCACAGAUAUUAUACAUAAUUGGCCCCUGUGUAUUAACUGUGGUCCCUUUAUGGCCCCUGAUUUAGAAAAAAUGGACAUGAGUAAAAGCCUUAAAUAUACUUCACAUGUGAUUUAUAUCAUACUGUCAUCUCAAUAUGUCCCACACAUGUAUUCAAUGUAAAAUAAACGAUCUGGGUUAUAA